CUCAUAUACCCCUACGCUGCAACCAUGGGAGACGAGGUAGCCAUCAAGCGUCAGCUGAACAUCAAAACAGGCGUAGUCAAACGUCUGACAAAGGAGACUGGCAUGUACGUAAAGGAAGCUCAAGAGCAGCAGACUAAGCUGGACAAGGCGACAGCAGAAGGUCAAGAUGAGUGGGAUGUGAAAAAUCAGCAACGAAUCCUUCAAGAUUGCGCUCAGAUGAUUCCAGACAGUCAAAGGAGGCUGGAAGCCGCUGUAGAGGAUCUGGAGAUCUACUUGGAGGGGCUCGACUCGGACUUGGUAGAGUCAGAGGAGGCAAAGGGAGCUCAAGAGGCAGUCAAGCUGGCAAAGGCCUCAUCAUCAACCGACGCGGCUGCUUGAGCUUCAGCAGAGGAGUCAGGGAUGGAUAAGGCGGGAUGAGUUGUGGAUGUACGCAGCAGUAGGUCUUUCGCCAGGGCUCCAAGGAGUACAGUCCAUUGUCAAUCAUACCACGAACAGUAGCAUGCUGUGGACCAAGAACGCAUGGUUUUGCGGAGUCUUCGCUUCGAUAGGUACGACAAGAGCUACCUCAGACCCGGCAGUCCCUCUGACUCCCCUGAUUUUGGGCUACCUCGGCAAAGUCCCCUCGAGCCAUCGCAUCUUUACUCUUCCGCUUGAGAACUGAUCUUGUCUCGAAUGUCCUUCCAUUGCUUCUGUGAGAGUGAGGGAGCCACGGAAGGAUCAGCAGAAGUCGUCAGUCAUCGAGUUGCUCCGUCGUCUCCUCUUGCAAUUUGAGCCUCUCAGAC